AUGGUACUUACCCUGUUCGUACGUACCUCGGAGACUCCAAGGAGACGCAUGAAGGAACCCGCCAUCGGAAAGACACGACUACAUUGGCAAAGAGCUCGGCAACUCCAAAGUAGGAAUCCAUACAGCAUACACAUCAUAAGUAGGUAUGACCUCGCCGUGAUUGGCGGCGGUCCCGGCGGAUAUACUACCGCAAUUAAAGCAGCACAAUAUGGUCUCAAGGUAGCCUGUAUCGACAGAAGGAAGACCCUAGGAGGGACAUGCCUUAACGUCGGCUGUAUUCCCUCAAAGUGUUUACUCAACACAUCUCAUAACUUCCAGGUAUCACGCGAUGGGAUCACGGGUAUAAAUGUUUCGUCUGUGGUAUUUAACCAUGAACAAACUAUGAACUCCAAGGCCAAAAUCCUCAAGACUCUUGAUGGUGGUAUAAGAGGAUUAUUCAAGAAGAACGGUGUGGACUUUAUUAGCGGCCACGGUACACUGGUUGCACCGAAUGAGAUACAAGUCGAUGGAGGUGAUAAGGUGACGGCUAAGCACAUAAUUAUCGCCACCGGCUCUGAAGUCACUACAUUCCCGGGUGACGCACUAAAAGUAGAUGGAAAACGUAUCAUCACUUCCGACGAAGCACUCGUCCUUGACGAAGUACCGAAGGAGAUGGUGGUCAUCGGCGGUGGUGCCAUCGGCCUGGAACUUGCCUCUGUAUGGAGCAGGUUCGGUGCGAAGGUUACCAUUGUCGAGUAUGCCAACGCUCUCUGUCACACCAUGGACCACGAUGUAUCAAAUGGCAUCAAGAAACUUGUGGAGAAGCAGGGUAUUGAGAUAUUACUUAGUACCAAGGUUUUAGGAGGCGAAGUUAAGGGCGACUUUGCCAUGGUGACAGCCGAGAAGGAUGGCCAAAAGAUCGAGUUGAAGGGUGACGUAGUGCUGUUGGCCAUGGGCCGUAGGCCGUUCACUAAGAACCUUGGUCUUGAAAAUCUUGGCAUUAAGACAGAAAGAGGCUACAUCGUCGUGGACGAAAAACUUAGGGUACCAAACUAUGAAAACAUUAGCGCAAUUGGUGACGUAGUUGCCGGUCCCAUGUUGGCACACAAGGCUGAAGAGGACGGUUCUGUCGCCUUGGGAAACAUCAUAGGGAAGGACUUAGGACACGUCAACUGGGACCACGUUCCUAUGGUCAUAUACACUCACCCCGAGGUUGCCGGUGUAGGCAAGACCGAGCAGGCGCUCAAGGCUAGCGGGACAGAAUACAAAAAGGCAAAUUUCCCGUUCGCUGCCAACUCCAGGGCGAGGAUUGCGGGUGAAACUGAUGGGUUCGUGAAGAUACUUGCUGACAAGGAUAACAAGAUUCUUGGUGGCUGGAUAGUUGGUCCACAUGCUAGUGAGCUGAUUGGCCAAAUCACCAUAAUGAUGGCCUGCGGGCUGACAACUGUCGAUGUCUCCAAGGUUUGCUUCGCUCAUCCUACCGUAUCUGAAGCACUAAAGGAGGCAUGCAUGGCGGUACAUCACAAAGCCACUCAUUUUUGA